AUGGAUCCCACGGUGACCUCGUGCCAAGAGCAGACCCUAGCUAGCCUGGGGAAGUUAAUGGAUGCUUCGGCGUUCGAUGAGGCAGCUGCCCAGCACCAAAGCGCGGUCGCUGGUGGGGGUGUGCACACAAGGAAAGAGGAGAUUUUCUAUUCUGCCCUGUGCCCUUCGGACGGACGGGCGCAUCUCAUUAUGAGCGGGAGCGACAGCGACGGCGAGGCCUCGCCGGCAUCCAGGCCCUCUUCGGUCGAACGACAAGAUUCACCUUCCAUUGCCGCCGCCGCCACCACCUCUUCUGAAUCGCACAAGGUGACGACGACCAAGGCGACAGCGCCAUCUUCGCCACCCAAGAAGCGCAAAGAGUCGACGUCGGCUGGUACAGGCAAUGAUGCCGAUAGCGGGGAACCGGCAACCAAGAUCACAAAACGACGAGCGGCGCGCGCCUGUGUGAGCUGCAGGGCGCGCAAGGUACGAUGCGAUGUGGUGGAGGGUGCUCCAUGUGGAAAUUGCCGUUGGGACAAUGUGGCUUGCAUUCUUUCAGAAAGUCGCCGGCGAAAGAAAAACAUCUUCACGGGCAGCACCCUUGGCGCAGGCCAAUUAGGAACGUCGGCCACCACCGAUACUCUGCGAGCCAAGGCGGCGACGGGAAAUGCACCCAUCAGCCUCUCGAGUGCGGAUUUACGGAGACCAAGCGAGGAUGCUGUCUCAAUUGCUGCAUCGCUGGGUAAUGGUGGAAUUGAGAAUCACGACGGCGCUGGCGCCGCAAUAGGCCACGCGAAUGGUACUGGACUUUUGGAUCAAUCGCCCCUGGAUGGCCACGGACAUGUUCCUCAUUUAAUUUAUCAGCAACGCGCGAAUUACCGACCCGAGAACUCGAGCGAAUUGCUUUCCAAGCUGGGUGACAGCUUGAACAACCAGCGACUUCUUUGGCCCGACCCUCGAUUAAACCCAGAUAGUCUCUUUGGUGACGUGCGCACGGCCCAGUUUCUCAGCUCCCUUGAAGAGCCCGACCUCUCAAUAUUUUCGCAGCUUCCUGCCUUUGUCAAGCCGCUGCCCGCCAAGCUUGCCUCGGAGGAUGUCAAGUAUCUGCACGCCAAGGGCGCCCUUGCCCUUCCCGAUCUCGGCUUGCAGAAUGCGCUCCUCCAGUCAUAUGUGGAAUACGUACACCCUUAUAUGCCCCUGAUAGAUAUACACGACUUUCUCAAUGCGAUCCACUCGCGGGAUGGCCUGUGCGGGCAGAUAAGCCUGUUUCUCUAUCAUGCGGUCAUGUUUGCAGCAACCGCCUUUGUCGAUAUCAAGCAUCUGCGGGACGCCGGAUAUCCAACUCGGAAGGCCGCACGAAAGUAUUAUUUUAGCAAGACUAGGCUUCUGUAUGACUUUGACUACGAAUCAGAUAGGCUGGUCCUGGUACAGGCCCUCCUUCUCAUGACCUACUGGUACGAAACACCUGACGACCAGAAGGAUACAUGGCACUGGAUGGGAGUCGCGAUUUCAUUGGCCCACACCAUUGGGCUACACCGCAACCCGGGCAGCACAAACAUGGCUCCCCGCAAGCAGAGGUUGUGGAAGCGUAUAUGGUGGUCAUGCUUCAUGCGGGACAGGCUCGUAGCGCUCGGCAUGCGGAGGCCAACUCGCAUCAAGGCUGAGGACUUUGAUGUGCCGAUGCUAACCGAAGCCGAUUUCGAAAUCGAGGCCCUGUCGGACGAGAACCAGCUUUUGCCGGCCGACUGCACUGUUGUUCGUGACCUCGGGAUGCAGAAGGAGCUUGCGGAACUAUGCAUACAGAAGGCGAAGCUUUGCGUCUUGAUCAGUGGGAUGCUCAAGGCGCAAUACUCUGUCCUCAUUCGAGAUGCCACCAAGCCAGAUAACACAACCAACAGCACCAUGAUGCUGUUCCCCAACAAGAACCUUGAGAAUAUUGACAGCAUCAAUGUGGUUGACUCAGAGCUCAAGUCUUGGCUCGAGAACCUUCCUCCUGCCGCGCAAUACCGCCCGCUCACGACGAUGGACAUCCAGCACGGACGCUCGACGGUUGCAGUACAGAGGAAUCUUCUGCACAUGGUCUACUACACCACUGUUUCGGCUCUCCACCGCCCACAAUUCUUGCCUGCAUCGCCGUUCCAAGUCCCCACAGCCUCGCGCCAGGUACAGGAUAUGUCGCGCUUGCGCGUGCGCGAAAGCGCCGCUCGCAUCACACACAUGGCCUCUGAGCUCCACGGCCUGCGUCUGGAGCGCUUUCUGCCGACGACCGGCGUCACCGUUAUCCUCCCGGCCAUGAUUAUCCAUCUUCUGGAAAUGAAAAACCCCGUGGUGGAAGUACGCGAGAAGGCCACUAAGGGCUUCCGACAGUGCUUGCAGGUCAUGGAAAAGCUGCGAGAUAUAUACUCGGCUGCCGAUUUCGCGACAGUGUUCCUAGAUGCCGCCCUUCGCAAGGCAGCAAUUGACUUGAACGCGCAGCCAAGUACCGCGGGUCCUACUGACACAUUGGGAAGUGCCGCGGCACAGAGGCAGCUGCAGAUGCACAAAUUGCAGAUGUUGCAACGGCAGAGCCAGUAUGGCCAGAAAGUGAGCCUGAGAACCAAGCCAACGACGAUAGCGCCUGCCAUCAACCUCACAGGCGCUGCUUCACUCAGACGAGAGAUGGGAGGAGGCGGCGGCGACGAGCUCUCGACCCCGCCGCCCGAGAACGCGCCCUACCUGAACCAGCUUGAAAUGGGGCUUUUCCACGGUGAACAAUCUUACGCCGAGACACAGCAGCAUAGUAACGGCGAUUUUGCGGGUGACUUGCACAAUGCCGGACCCCUUGGAACCCCGGGCGCGAACGAAAUCGACCCGGCUGCUCUAGCGCGCGUAGUCACUGGUGCGGGUCAGUCGCCACCGCAUACAGAGAGGGACUUGGACUCAGGAGUGGGUCUCACGCCCUCAGCGAGCGUUGGCUCGUCAUCCAGCGGCGUUGAUGGCUACGACAUGAUGGACGUGGUUGACUUUGGCACGGGCCAGGAUGAGUUCGACUGGAACGCCAUGACGGGCACCAAUCUCGACUUUGAUCAGUGGCUUCAAUUCCCCGCUGACGGUGCCGGCGGAGCCGGUGGUGACGACGACAAUGGUGGUGGAGAGAAGAUUGGCGGUCUGCCAAGCGACGACGGUCACGACACGAUCAUGUUUGACGGCCACACGAGUGGGAACAAUGCACAGCAGGUAGCUGUAUCGUCUUGA